AUGGACUCUGUCACCAGUCACAAAAUUGGUUCUUUUUGGAUAAAUCUUUUGAACAAUGAUCGUAUGGCUAAUUUUAUGAAACUGUGUGAACAGUUUGCAAUAGAAAUUUUAAAAGGAUGCUUCACUUGGGGGGUGAAUAGUGGGGCUCUAAAAUUUGCUAUUGAGCGGCAAGCGAUAAAUGAAGCCACUUUCCGUUGUCCAGAUGAGUUUGGAUGGCAACCUCAGCAACUGCCAAUAAUCGCCGAGGAUGGAGGAACUUCUCGAGCUAGAGAGACUUCGUGCUCGACGGAGGCAAUCCAUAAGAUCUUGAAGAAGAAAGGAUAUGAUGUGGCAAUAUCAGAUGAUGCAGGGCGUUUCGUGUGCAAUUAUGUCUACUAUCAUUCCCUCCGUUUCGGCGAAGAAAAGGGUCACAAAUCUCUAUUUGUCCAUGUUCCUCUCUUUUCAAGAAUUGACGAAGACACUCAGAUGCACUUUGUGGCCUCCCUUUUGGAGGCGAUUGCAGCAACAUGUUAA